CUAUUAUUUCGAACCUUGAACAAGUCAUCUCGGAUGCUGAACGCGCUGCAAGACGACUAUACCUUGAAUUAAAUACAUCAAUACUUGACAAGUUAUUCACCGACAUCUCGCAAGACACUUUUCAAAGCUGUCCAAAAUGAGUGGUCUAAUAGAGAGCAUUAAAGCCCACUGGAGUCGAGUGACUUGCUGCGGUUGCGGCAGCGUCUACCCCGAACCGUGUCUCUCCAUCAGAGAUCAACGAUGCGCCAGCCGCGAGGAGGUGCUGACCCUCACGGCGGACUGCGAGGUGGCAAUAGCUGAAAGAGAAGAUAUCAACAAUCAAGUGCGGGCUUUCAAGCAGGACGAGAACCGUCUGCACGAGACGCUGGCUCGCGAGGACGCCUACAUCAAAUCUCUUGAAGCCGCACUGGAGGAAGCGCGGAGUCGCCGUAUAAAAACACGUGAAGAACACAAUACCCGCUGGGCAGACUUUACAAAAAACUUCGACGGCCAUCGAGACACGAUCAAUAAGUCUGGUCAUUUGGUUGAUCAGUUGCAUGAAGCCAUGAGAAGGAUGCAUGCCCUCAACCCCAGACAUAAUACGAAUAACAGCCUGGAGGAUUACGACCAGUCUCAGGAAGACAAAGAGAACAUCAGACCCCGGCGGCAGGUUUGCAGUAUUCCGCACACUUACUUCUCAAGCGACGUCAAUCAGCCGAGUGGGGGUGAAUGGGCUCGCAUGGUGAGAGAAGGGACGACAAAGGAUCAGGCCGUCGCGAGCUGGGUCUUUGCCACCUUAGACGCGCAGUCUGAACUUGAUCGGGGAGUUGGUGCCAACGAUACAUGUAGUAACCAGACAUUGUCAUCGGCGAGGGGACAGCGGAGAAGAAAGUCGUGCGGUCAACGGCAUCGGUAUCGACCGUAUGAUUCUCGAUGUUGACAUUUGCUCUGGAGUAGCUGAGCCUCUCGUGGA